UUUGUGUUUAUUCUUCUUUUUGUUCGAACAUCCUGGUUCUUGUUUUCAUGGAGUUGUCUCCGUUUGUGAUUUCGUUGGUGAAGAAAGGAGAAAGAGGGUAUGGUGGUUGUGACAGCAAGUGGUCAGAGAAAGCAGAAGAGGAAAGCACAUGGUGGUUAUGCAAUCGACGAUCGAGAGCCGGUGAAUGGACAAAGGUAUCAUGGAGUAUAACUCUUCAUCAACAAUCUUCCCUGGCCGCAAACAACACCCUCCCAUGUCCCCUGAACAUAACCGUCCUCCGCGUGGUGAGCGGCGGGCGGCGGCCGUCGUUCGACUCGGGAACAAAGUGCCACUACAUCCUGCAAGCCCUCCACCUCCUCCAGGCCGACUACCUCCGUCGCAGCAGCCUCUUCGUUCCGCCGCUAAACACCUCGGAGUCCUGCUGGAACACCUUUCAGUCCUUCAUCAACGAGGCCGACCCCAGCAUCUCCGACAUCCGCUCCUCCUGCGGCUUCAGAACCGAGUGGAUCUCCCAGGGCUGCAUGAACAUCACCACAAAACAACAAUUCGAAGACAUUGUUCCCCGCAACGCUAUCCAACCCGUCCAAGAUGACUGCAACCAACCCCUCGAGAACAACGCCCCCUGCGCCCUCUGCACCACCAAGCUCUCCAGCAUGCUUUCCUACUUAACCGGAACAACCCAAGGUAACGUCACCGACUGCAGAGCCUAUACUCAAAUCUACGCCGCUUCUCUCUCUGAUCAGUACGGUGUCACCGAUCCCGGUACCUCCAAGUGCCUCUUCGGUCUCGAUUUUUCCUCUUCCGGCUCCGGUGGUAAGCGACGAAGAACUAUUGUUAUUGCGGUUGUUUCCGUUUUCUGUGUGGUUUCUUUGUCUGUGUUUGCUUCCCUUUGGGCUUAUUUAAGAUUCAAGAAGAGGCUAGAGGUUGAGAAAAGGAAGGGUGCUGGAAUAUCUGAGUUAGGUUUGGGUUCUGGCUUGGAUUCAAUUAACCAGAGUACCACUUUGAUUAGGUUCAGUUUUGAUGAAAUUAAAAAGGCUACCAGGAACUUCUCCAGGGAUAACAUUAUUGGAAGUGGGGGUUAUGGGAAUGUUUAUAAAGGGAUGUUAUUGGAUGGUAGCCAAGUUGCUUUUAAAAGGUUUAAGAAUUGUUCUGUUGCUGGGGAUGCUAGCUUCACUCACGAGGUUGAGGUUAUUGCGAGUGUGAGGCAUGUGAAUCUUGUUACCCUAAGAGGCUAUUGUACUGCUACGACCAAUUUGGAAGGUCACCAGAGGAUUAUUGUCACUGAUUUGAUGGAAAACGGGAGUCUUUAUGAUCAUUUAUUCGGUUCUGCUAAGAAGAAUCUCACUUGGCCAAUUCGUCAAAAGAUUGCUCUAGGGACCGCUAGGGGGUUGGCUUAUUUGCACUAUGGAGCUCAACCUUCCAUCAUCCAUAGGGAUAUUAAGGCUAGUAACAUUCUUCUGGACCACAAUUUUGAAGCCAAGGUUGCGGAUUUCGGGUUGGCAAAGUUCAACCCUGAGGGGAUGACUCACAUGAGUACUAGAGUGGCUGGGACUAUGGGAUAUGUUGCUCCUGAGUAUGCUUUGUAUGGACAAUUGACAGAGAGGAGUGAUGUGUUCAGCUUCGGUGUUGUGCUUCUUGAGCUCCUGAGUGGGAGAAAGGCACUUCAAACCGAUGAUGAUGGCCAACCCGCCGCACUCACUGACUUUGCUUGGUCGUUGGUUAGGAAUGGUAGUGCUUUGGAUGUUGUUGAAGAUGGUAUUCCAGAACCUGGUCCACCAGAAGUUCUUGAGAAGUAUGUGUUGGUUGCUGUAUUGUGUUCUCAUCCUCAGCUAUAUGCUAGGCCUACAAUGGAUCAGGUUGUUAAGAUGCUUGAGACUGAUGAAUCUGUGCCCUCUUUGAUGGAAAGGCCAAUUCCUUUUAUUGCUGGGAGGCUUGAUAUUGAGAAAUCUGCUCUGAGUAACUCGGGUCAGCUCUGUAGUCCUACUGGUUAUCAAGCAUAUACAUUACAAGCUCGACGCAAAUCUAAUACUAAGGAGGAAGAAGAAGAAGGAAGUUCGGUGGCUGAGACUGUGACCACGGAUUGAAAUUGGGGAAAUUGUAUUGUUUUUCCACUGGCUGGUGUAGGCAUGAUUUUUUUAUACAUUCAGAUUUUAGAUUGUAUUUGUAUUUUUUUUUUUAAAGAUUGUGUUGUAAAGGGAAAAAAGGUGUACACAAUUUGAUUCUUUUUAGAGUUUAUAAAGGAAUAUGGACAAUGCCUUCCUCUUGCUCU